CUCUCCUCCCUCUCCCUCCUUCCCUCUCUCCCUACCUACCUCUGAGAUCACUCUCGAUCUCGACCUCCCUCUCUCUCGUCCUCUCCUAGCUCCUCUCGUCAUCUCUUUCUUCCUCUUCUCCCCCCCCUCCCCCCAACAGUCCACCCAUCCCAUCUCUCUCUAUCUCCGCUCCAACUGAACCUACCCACUACCCACACAAUGGCGGCCAUUCCAGUAGCGGGCGGCCAUUGCAGCAGGUUUUUUAAUUCUUGAACUUUCCAUGGCUAGUGGAGGUGCUAUCAUCUGAAGCAUGUGAACAUAUUGACUGAUGAGUACGGAAAAUUUUUCGAGGCAAGGCAAUUGCAACAGGAUUCCUGUGUGCAAUGACAAAGCUCCCAAAGUCAAUUGGCUGUACCAUGCCAAUGCAGUCGAGAAUUUCUCAUGCCAAAAUAAGUUCCUAAGCUCCAACUUCCAGUUCUCCUUGCCAGAUCAAAAGCCUUGUGCUGAAGGAAGGACAAUGGCUUCUGUAAUUCGAAAUGUGUUGCAGUGUCCAGAAAAUGAGAAGGCUUGGAGAGCUCUGUGUGGUUUCCAUAUGGCAUGCAGGAACUAUUUAAGACCUGGAAUAACUGCACCAUUGGUUCAAAAUAAUGGUGCAGACAAUUGUCCUUCUAAAAGGUUGGAUUCUCCUGAAGAUAAAAGAAAAGGAAAUGCCUUGUGGACCUCAUCUGAUCGAACCCGGCAAUCAUCCGGAAGUUCAAGGCAUGAAAAUCCAGAAAGACAUCAAAAGUUUCAUGAUUCACAAGCUAGGGGUAGUGAUUCAGUAAGUUACGUGAGUAGUUCUCUGCCGGCAAGUGAGAAGAGUUCCACUGAAGUUGAUGCCCGUGUUAAAGUGGGGAACCCAUAUGCGAGAGACACAUCAUUUAUAUACAAAGCCUCACAUGAACAUCUUGGAGAUGGAUCGUCUGGUAACCAUGGAGUGUAUGCUGGACAAAACUCAGCACUCAGAGAAAAUUUUUGUGAUGCUAUAGAAGAUGAUGACAUUUUGAAGAACAUUGAUGUUGACCAGAUAGUGAUGGAACACUAUCAAACAACUGGCACGCCUCAAUCCUCAAUGUAUAAGCUUUCUCCCUUCACUCCUUCUGAGGGCAAGGACAAUAUUACAAGACCUGAAGGAAAUUGCUUGCCACCGGAACUUUGUGCCAAAUGCAAUCAUGGUUUUAAGGUGGGGCUAUGCCCAGAAGCUGCGGGUCAUUUGCAGGAGAUGAAGGACACUCUUAUUGCCAUAUCAAAUGAACUUCUUGACAAUGCUGCUGAGCUCAGUCCUCCACGCUCGGAGAAACUUCGCCAGGAGCGGUUGCAACUGAAUAAGCAAAUUCAACAGCUUGAGAAAUACCUUCAUUGUUCAACAAGAGAUGAAGAAAGGCAGAGAUCACAUUACUCAGCAACCACAGCCACAGCCACAACCACAACCAAGGGUUUCCGUUCUGAGAUUCCUCCAGUAAACACAUUGAGGAUUGAUCCUGUGGCUUUUGAUGCACAGGUUCAUAUGCGUAAUGAGUCAGACAACUGCAGCAAUUGGAUGUCAUCAUCUGUACCAUUCACUUCCACGGAUAGAUUUAGUUUUUCUGCAGCCCCUGUGGAAAGGGAACCAUUUACUCCAAAAGCUAUUGAAAUUAAUUACAUUGAAGGAUCCAAUGAUAAAAGGUGGGGUAGCGCAGACUUCCUGUGGACAAGGAAGCUGGAGGCUAAUAACAAGAAAGUGUUUGGCAACCAUUCUUUUCGUCCUAAUCAAAGAGAGGUGAUAAAUGCAACAAUGAGUGGAUAUGAUGUUUUCGUUUUAAUGCCAACUGGAGGUGGAAAGAGCCUGACUUACCAGCUUCCUGCUCUUAUAUGUCCUGGAAUAACAUUGGUAGUUUCCCCUCUUGUCUCACUCAUCCAAGAUCAAAUUAUGCAUUUGUUGCAGGCAAAUAUUCCAGCCACCUACUUAAGUGCCAAUAUGGAGUGGAAUGAGCAGCAGGAGAUCUUUAGAGAAUUGAUUUCUGGCAGCUGUAAAUAUAAGCUGUUGUAUGUCACUCCAGAAAAAGUUGCCAAAAGCGAUGUUUUAUUGAGACACUUGGAGAGUUUGCAUGCAUGUGGAUCACUUGCUAGGAUUGUUAUUGAUGAAGCCCAUUGUGUAAGCCAAUGGGGGCAUGAUUUUAGACCAGAUUAUCAGAGUCUUGGAAUUUUGAAGCAAAGGUUCCCAAAUACUCCAGUGCUGGCUUUAACUGCUACUGCCACAGCAAGUGUAAAAGAGGAUGUUGUGCGAGCUCUUGGUCUUGUAAAUUGCAUUGUUUUCCGACAAAGUUUCAACCGACCAAAUUUAUGGUAUAGCAUAAUGCCCAAGACAAAGAAAUGCUUGGAUGAUAUCGACAAAUUCAUUAGAGAAAACCACUUCGACGAAUGUGGCAUAAUUUAUUGUCUUUCAAGAUUGGAUUGUGAAAAAGUAGCUGAGAAGUUGCAGGAAUGUGGCCAUAAAGCAUCAUUUUAUCAUGGUAGUAUGGAUCCACAACAACGAGCUUUUGUUCAAAAACAAUGGAGUAAAGAUGAAAUCAAUAUAAUUUGUGCCACUGUGGCUUUUGGAAUGGGUAUCAACAAGCCUGAUGUCAGAUUUGUCAUUCAUCAUUCUCUUCCAAAGUCCAUUGAAGGUUACCAUCAGGAGUGUGGGCGUGCUGGUAGAGAUGGUCUGCGUUCGUCUUGUGUAUUAUAUUACAGUUACAGUGACUAUAUACGAGUCAAGCACAUGCUUUGCCAAGGAGUCAUAGAGCAGAGCCCCUUUCAAUCUGGAUCAAGAAAUAUUGCUGUAGGAAAUUCAGGAAAAAUAUUAGAAACAAAUAUUGAGAAUCUUUUGCGCAUGGUCAGUUAUUGUGAGAACGAUGUAGAUUGCCGACGUCUGUUACAACUCGUUCAUUUUGGAGAGAAGUUCAAUCCUUCAAACUGUAGAAAGACUUGUGACAACUGUUCUAAAAUGAUGAAUUUUAUUGAGAAAGAUGUGACUGACAUAGCAACGCAACUGGUUCAAUUAGUGAAAUCAACAGGACAACACUAUUCAUCAUCACAUAUUCUGGAAGUAUACAGGGGUUCCUUGAACCAAUAUGUUAAAAAGUAUAAACAUGAUGCUCAAAGCCUUCACGGAGCUGGAAAACAUUUAGCCAAGGGUGAAGCCUCCCGAAUAUUGCGGCAUCUGGUUAUUGAGGAUUUACUCAUUGAGGAUGUUAAAAAAAGUGAUAUAUAUGGAUCUGUGUCAUCGGUUUUGAAGGUAAAUGAAUCCAAAGCACACAAUCUUUGCUUUGGCCAACAGAGGAUUAUAGUAAGAUUCCCUGCGUCCGUAAAGGCAGCUAAGCCGACCAGACCAGAAGUGACGCCAGCAAAAGGUCCAUUGCUUCCAGGAAAGAUAAGCCCCCCACAAAAUGACACUUCUGCACAACCUCAAGAUGAAGAAGACUUGAAUCUAUCUGCCAAGCUUUAUGCUUCUUUGCGAAUGCUUCGGACUGUGCUUGUAAAAGAAGCUGGUGAAGGGGUCAUGGCAUAUCACAUAUUUGGAAAUGCCACAUUGCAGCAGAUAAGCAGGCGGAUUCCUAGAACAAAAGAAGAGCUUCUUGAGAUCAAUGGCAUCGGCAAGGCAAAGAUAACCAAGUAUGGAGAUCGGGUAUUGGAAACCAUAGAAUCAACAAUUGAAGAGUACCGAAAGACAGACAAGAACAGUGGCGGCGCUGGUAGAAGUAAUGAUAUUGCUGAGAUAAUCAAGAGAAGAAGAGAUUCAACACGCAUCUUGGACUCAGAUUCAGAAGAGCAUGAUGACUUCAUUGAGAGUACUGGUCUGUCGAAGAAAAAGGUGACAAAGAAUUGCACCAAGAAAGGUGGCAGUUUAAGUAAUUCAACUGUUAUCUACUAUGAUGAUGUAGAUUUGGAUGAUUUCUAGAAUGGGAUUAAGGGUUCUGAUUCAAGGAAAAUCCAAGUGGUGUAGGUUGGGUCUUUUGUAUGUUUGCCAAACAGCGAAACGUCGGAAGCCAGUCCAGUCAUAAUUUGUUCCAAGAAUAUGCAUCGAAGAAGGGACAUAUAGGGUCAUCAUCUCUAGCUAUAUGGAUAGCUUUACAUUGAUAUCUUCACUUCCAAAACAAUAUUCUGGCAGGGCCUAGUUACAAAUUAUUAGAUCCUAGCCUCUCCUGCGCCCAUGAGGCCACUUGCAUUUGUGGCUGGUGGAACAGUGCACUGUUCCAUUAUAAUAGAAAUUUUGAUGUAAUAUGUAUAUUUCUUUACUAGAAACAUGCAGUGAGUCUAACUAUUGCUUGCUAUCUUUGUUGUAGGCAACAAAUUGUUGUUCAAAGACACAAUGCCCUGUAGGAAUUUUUAUUUGUUUUGGUUAUGAUUUAUCAGAAAGAAACAUGGCGGCAUUCUACA